AUGGCGCAUAACUUUGUUAGUCACUUCUGUAGUGACUUCAUCAUACAAUUUUGUCCUAAGCUCCAACUCACAAUAAUCUCGNAUAUAAUUGACCCGUCAACAGCUAGAGCACAUAAUCAUGGGAAAUCAAAGAAUCAUACAGGCAUAAUUGCAGGAGGUGUUGCUGGAGGUGUUGUUUUAGUACUUGUCAUUGGGCUAUGUGCUUUAGCUGCAUCUCGUCGCCGUAGGCAAGGAAAGGAUUCUGAUGCAAGUGAAGGGCCAUCGGGCUGGCUUCCACUUUCUCUUUAUGGUCCUUCACACUCUGCAGUUUCUGCCAAGACCAACACAACAGGAAGUUAUGCUUCCUCCCUCCCAUCAAACCUUUGCCGUCAUUUCUCAUUUGCUGAAAUCAAGUCUGCCACAAACAACUUUGAUGAGGCUUUGCUUCUUGGUGUGGGAGGAUUCGGUAAGGUUUACAAGGGAGAAAUUGAUGGUGGAACAACCAAAGUAGCAAUUAAACGUGGGAAUCCACUGUCUGAGCAGGGGGUGCAUGAGUUCCAAACUGAGAUUGAAAUGCUCUCUAAACUUCGUCACCGCCACCUUGUUUCUCUGAUUGGAUACUGUGAAGAAAACACUGAAAUGAUCCUUGUUUAUGAUUAUAUGGCCUAUGGAACACUCAGGGAGCAUUUGUACAAGACCCAGAAACCUCCACUUCCAUGGAAGCAAAGGCUUGAGAUAUGCAUUGGAGCUGCUCGGGGUUUACACUAUCUACACACUGGAGCUAAACACACAAUCAUCCACCGUGAUGUGAAGACAACAAACAUUUUACUGGACGAGAAAUGGGUGGCCAAGGUUUCUGAUUUUGGAUUGUCAAAAACAGGUCCAACAUUGGAUAAUACCCAUGUAAGUACUGUGGUAAAGGGUAGCUUUGGGUACUUGGAUCCAGAAUACUUCAGGAGGCAGCAACUAACUGACAAAUCUGAUGUUUACUCAUUUGGGGUGGUUCUCUUUGAGAUAUUAUGUGCUCGUCCAGCUUUGAACCCAGCCCUUGCUAAGGAGCAAGUGAGUCUGGCUGAGUGGGCAGCUCAUUGCUACCUGAAAGGCAUUCUUGACCAAAUCAUUGAUCCCUAUCUAAAAGGCAAGAUAGCUCCAGAAUGCUUCAAGAAAUUUGCCGAGACUGCGAUGAAGUGCGUGGCUGACCAGGGUAUUGAAAGGCCAUCCAUGGGUGAUGUCUUGUGGAACCUUGAAUUUGCUUUGCAGCUGCAAGAAAGCGCAGAGGAAAGUGGCAACGGCUUUGGCGACAUUCACAAUGAAGAGGAGCCCACGUAUACAGAUUCUAAAGGAAAGAAAGACUCUGAUGCGAUGGGGGGUUAUGAUGGUAAUGUGACUGACUCCAGAAGCAGUGGCAUUUCAAUGAGCAUUGGAGGUAGAAGCUUGGCUAGUGAAGACUCUGAUGGGUUAACCCCAAGUGCUGUGUUCUCCCAGAUCAUGAAUCCAAAAGGCCGUUAAGUUCGUUUAGUAACAACACUCUCACUGCAUACAGAGCCAAUCACUCAUUCUGCAGUGCAAUCGGCUUUCAUCAAAUUUGAAUGUUACCCGUUAUUCAUUUUCGUAAUAUUUUUAUUCAUUUCUACGGUUGUUUCUAAUUUAUUAUGAUUAUCUAAGUUGUAAUUUGUGACCAUGUUAUGUAACGAUUGAAGAGCGAGCAUGUUAUAACGAGGUUGCUAUAUCUGAAUUUUUUGAAACCCUCA